ACACACCAUGCCCCCUGGUCACUACAUGGACCAGCUGAGCAGAGCAGGGGGCGCCCUGGAGCACACACCAUUCUGCAGCCUCUCCUCUGGGUGCAGGGGUCCCUGACAGUGCUGGGGUCCUGGGCAGCAGAACUCACUCUUCUUAGUGCUGCUCGCAACUUUAAUGUCAUCUGGUUCUGCUGAGGAAUAUGCACUUUGGAUCCUGUCAUAGACAUUCUCCUUACUUGACAUAUUUUGAUGUUGAAUUCAUCGGCGGAUCACUGCGAUGAUCUGGAUGAACAAACUUAGAAUCUGAGAUCAAGCACAAUGAAUGGAAGGACAUGCAAUAUGAUCCAUAGGGCAACAGGCACCCCACAAGGACCGGGCAUGGUCAGUGGACAGCAGAUUCCACCAAUUAGAGUACAUACAGGUACUCCAUGUCCAUCUUCUAAUAGUGCCACACCCAGUCCGGCUAAUGGAAACCUAUAUUUAAAGAUGCCGCUGGGAGGUGGAGUAGCACCACAGAGCAAUGAGAGCACAAUCCACCUACCUGCUUUAAGUCCUAGGAGACAAGUUAUUACAAAUGGAAAACCUAUAUUCCAAGUACCACAACCACCUAACCUUCAACCAUCUUCUUCAUCCAAGCCAAAGCAACAGGAGUUUGGUUCUCCUUUUCCAGGAAACUGUGUGAAAGGGAAUGUUGCUUUUGGUCAGCAGAACAAGCCACAAGGAAAAGGCAGCUGCAACAAUCUUAUGGUCACAAGCAGUCCCAUGAUGGUCCAGAGAUUGGGUCCUAUAUCCCCUCCAGCAAAUCAGGCGGCAACAGCGUGCCAUCAGAUCAGCCCAAGUAUACAGAGGAAUCUGAAUCUUCAGCACUUAGCAAUACCUCCAUCUGAUACCAGAUCUCUUAUGUCACGUGAGUCUCUUGCCUCCACAACAUUAAGCCUAACAGAGAGUCAUUCUACAAUGAGUGUUAAACAGGAAUGGUCCCAUGGAUAUAGAAUACAUGCUUCUAACCAUGGCUCUCAAAACAGUAGUGAACCUGGAGAUCUACUUAGCAUCCCACCAGGAACUUCUAUGUCCAAUAACAGUGUCUCAAAUUCAUUGCCCUCAUAUUUGUUUGGCUUUGAGAAUAACUCUUCACCUUAUCCUAGUCCUAGACAUUCUUCUCCAAGAUCACAUUCAGCACGGUCAAAGAAAAGAGCUCUUUCGUUGUCUCCUCUAUCGGAUGGUAUAGGAAUUGACUUUAAUACUAUUAUCCGAACUUCCCCGACCUCAUUAGUUGCCUAUAUAAAUGGCUCAAGAGCUUCUCCAGCAACCAUGUCACCUCAACCAGAAGUUUAUGGGCAUUUUCUAGGAGUCAGAGGUAGCUGUAUUCCUCCAACGUGUGCUGGAUCAAACUCUCUGAAAAGUCUUCUAGCGAUCAAUGAUAAUGUGUCACUUCCAGAGAAUGUGACUGAAUAUCAGCGCAUGCAACACUUGGAACAAAACUGUUUGCAAGCUGAUGCCAUGAACAAUAUGGUAGUUCGACACAACAUUGGACCAAAUGAAGUUCAAACAAUUGGGGUCUUAAAGAGUGAAAGGUUGGAUGAUUAUCCAGGUGGAACAAUGGACAUAACUUCACAGUCUUCCCUUCCUCUGACAGCACCUCCUGCCCAUCAAGGUCCGCCACCGCCUUACCAUGUCCAUCAACAUUUGCAUCAACAUGAACUUCUAAACCAGUCCCACCAGCUUUCACUUCCACCUCCGGGACAGGUUCCUAUACUCGAAGAAGAAGGAGAAAUAGAUGAUUUUAAUGGUAAGCAUUGUUGUAGGUGGAUUGACUGCAGUGCCUUAUAUGAUCAGCAGGAGGAACUUGUACGGCACAUAGAAAAGGUUCAUAUAGAUCAGAGAAAAGGCGAGGACUUUGCUUGCUUUUGGGCUGGAUGUCCCCGAAGAUACAAGCCAUUUAAUGCACGUUAUAAACUUCUUAUUCACAUGCGGGUCCACUCUGGAGAGAAACCAAACAAAUGCACGUUUGAAGGGUGCAAGAAAGCCUUUUCAAGACUUGAAAAUCUAAAGAUUCACUUACGGAGUCACACAGGAGAAAAGCCGUACCUUUGCCAGCAUCCUGGCUGUCAAAAGGCUUUCAGCAAUUCCAGCGAUCGGGCCAAGCAUCAAAGGACACACCUGGAUACUAAACCCUAUGCAUGUCAAAUUCCUGGAUGCAGUAAGCGUUACACAGACCCAAGCUCAUUACGAAAGCACGUAAAAGCUCAUUCUUCCAAAGAUCAGCAGGCCAGAAAAAAGUUGCGACCAAGAACGGAGCUCGACCAAGAAAUCCUCAGUGAUUGUCUCACCAUUCAGCCUCUUCAACCGGCAGCAUCACCACAGGAUCCUGCAGAAAACACAUUAGGAAGGUCUCCCGGUCCUGUGCACGAUUUAUUUCCAGCCACUCUGUUCUCUAGUUCUCACUCAAGUCGAAGUGGAACAGCUGCUGGAAACGUCCCCCAAUCCCAGCCUCUAUCUUCUAGUCAUCCUUCUCCGGGGAACAACAUACAGUCCAGUCCACAUAAUGCUCCAUCUCAGCUACCUCCAUUAACACCAAUGGAAUCGGGCACUGAUCGAUUUUCACCUCAUCAUCUGAGCCCAAGAAGACUUAAUGCACCCUCAAGUAUGAUGCCCAAAAGAACUCCACAGCCUCCCCAAGUGCCACAGACAGGGGCAUCUUAUUCAAAGACAUAUCCUGCAAUAGCUAAUGCCUCAGUGCAGCCAAAUAGUCUUCAUGUCCAAGGAUUCUAUGGUCAACUGCAGACAUUCUGUCCUCCACAUUACAAUGAUCCUCAGAGAAACAUGCAGCAUGGUAAUUCAUGCAAUAUGGUACCUCCAUUUGAAGACUGUUUGCCCCAUGUUUGUGGGAACAAAUCAGACUUUGAUGUAUUUCAUCGGGCAUUCACAUCUCACUCUGGUAUUACAGUUUACGACUUCCCAAACGGAUCAGCUGGCCUUUUUGGGGAUCCGCAGCGGAUUAACUCAGAAGAUGCUAGUUUUCUUCAGAUUAAUGCAAUCGAUCGCUGUCCUAGCCAACUCUCAUCUGUUUACACAGAGGGAUGAAAAUGGCUUUUCUAUGUCAUUUAUAUCAAUGAUAAUCCAUUUCAGACAAAAGACAUGACAAAGAGGAUUGUGCAGAUCAGUCCAUGUAAAUACAUUAAUUUUAUAUUCAACGGGGGGGGGGGGGGGGAGGAGUAACUGGAAAAUGGAAUAUUGCAUUUUAAGAAUUUACAAUAUGAAGCAAAAGCAGCCAUGAAAACUGUACCAAUUGUAUGAAUGUCCCUGCUUCAAACAUGAAACAAUAGAAUGUAUUUAAAGAGUAUACUAUAAGAUUCACAGCAGAGCUCAUAGGAAUAGUAAUUCUAUAGUACAUUUAAUAAAACAUUUAGCAGAUUGACAACACAGCACAUUCAAAAAUAUUUUAUUCUGUCAAAAGUGUUUGCUAAAUGCACGAUAUUGGUAUGUCUGAUGCAUGUUCUGUAUGGUGGAGCAUGCUAAAGAGAACGUGAGAUGCAGCACAAUGCUUAUUUGGUCUGGCAUGGUGAAGGCUGGCAGACAUUUGUUUGGGUGUAGAAAAUGUUGCCCACAGUAUAUAAAUGCUUGUACAAAGCAAACCACAACCAAAUCUGAAAACUUUUCUAGCACCCCCUGCUGACUCAGUGUUUUUUCCUGCCUGCUUUCCUCUUGUUGUUAUAUAGUUUCUUAACACUACCCUCAACAAUACACCACUAAGUAAUAGAAGUUCACUGUUGUGGCCCUUGUCCCUGUCCCAGCAAUACAUCUGCUAUAUGCACACAUCUGAAUUUGGAUAUAUUAUUCAUUGGAUAUAUAAGCUCAUAUAUUUGCUUCUUGUCCAUUACAAUAUAAAGUUUACUACAGUGAAGUCUCCCUUAGUGGACACCUCCAAAUUGGGGACACCUCCCAAUAGCGGACAGUUUUUAAUUCCCUGGUAGAGUCCCAUAAGACUUCAUGUAUUUGCACCCUCGGUCGCGGACACACCCAAUAGGGGACAAAACACUCCCAUUAGGGGACAAUAGGAGACAAAACACUUCCAUUAGGGGACAAAACACCCCCAAUAGGGGACAACCGAGCUUAUGUGCCGGUCCUUCCUUGUACACAGGGCUGCCAUCAGGGGGUACAGCCGAAACCCCAGUAAGGGGCCCAGGCCCCCACUACAGAAGCCCCAGCACAGAAGCAGAUGGCCGAUGUUUAAACAGUGGUCCCCUGCUUCUGUCUGUCCGCCAACCUUAUCAUUCACCACCCUCCUUUCCUGAUCCCCCCUGUGCCACUUUAUUACCCUGCCAAAUCAUUCCCCCCUUUACUACCCCCCUGUGCCGCAUAAUUUCCUCUUGAUCCCCCCCUGUGCUAUUUAAUGCCCUCUGUGCAAAUUCAUCACCCCUGUUUAUUAGUGUUGAGCGGCAUAGGCCACAUUCGAAUUCGCGAAUAUUCGCGAAUAUAUGGACGAAUAUUCGUCAUAUUCGCGAAUAUUCGCAUAUUCGUAAUAUUCUCGUUUUAUUUUCGCACGCGCGAAUAUUCACGUAUACGAAAAUUAACAUAUGCGAAAAUUCGCACAUACAAAAUUU